GAUAUUUUAGUAAAUUUGCUCACCUUUGUACUUUUCACUACACUGCGUGAUACACAAUCGACCCCCUGUUUCCGAACGUGACGCAGGAGAGAUGCGUAGUCCAGAGAGUCCGUUGUCACGCCAUCUGACGACACACAUGUUUGUGUAUUUAAUUACAAAUUGUUGUAUAUUGUUAUAUAUGUGAAAGAGAUCAAGAGUUAGAUCGAACUAUGAGUGUUGCGCGUGUUAUUAAUCAUUUUUCGAAAUAUUUGCAAUUUUAUGUGGCACGACAUUUUAGUGACAAUUAUCGUGUAACUUCGUCUCUAGUCAAGAUACAAGAUACAGAAAUCCAAAGUAAUAAUAAUGAAAACUAUAUUGUCUGGCUUGAUAUGGAGAUGACAGGAUUAGAAGUGGAAAAGUGUCAUAUUAUGGAAAUUGCUUGUUUAAUAACUGACAAAUACUUAAAGCCUGUGAGCAAUUGCUUAAAUGUUGUUGUACAUCAGUCGGAUGAAAUUUUGGAGAAUAUGUCUGACUGGUGUAAAGAGCAACACAAAAAGACUGGCUUGAUAGAUGAAUGUCGAUCGAGUAAAAUUACAUUAGAGGAAGCUCAACAAAAAAUGCUGCAACACUUGGAAAGUCAUGUUUCGAGAGGCGUGUGCCCGUUAGCUGGAAAUUCAAUUUACAUGGAUCGUAUAUUUCUGAGGAAAUAUAUGCCUUUGGUCGAUAAUUAUUUGCACUAUAGAAUUAUAGAUGUCAGUACGAUCAAAGAGUUGGCUAGAAGGUGGCAACCGGACGUGGAGAAAACUGCUCCGAAAAAACAUUAUUAUCACAGAGCUUCGUUUGAUGUGAAAGACAGUCUGAAUGAGCUUUCUUUCUUUAGAAACCAUUUGUUUGUAGCAAAGAAAUAGCAAUAAACUGAAAACAAAAAAGAUGUAUUAUUUGAACCCUGAUAUUGUAAUGAAAACUUUUUCAAAAUAACAAACUGUUUUGUUGUA